AUGACUGGAAGUGGAGAUGGCUUCUGUGGUUGUAGGUUCCUCAGAGGUGGCACUGGAAUGAGUAGACAUAAAAGGUGCAUGACUGGAGGCGGAGAGUGUCUCUGUGGUUGUAGGUUCCUCAGAGGUGGCACUGGAAUGAGUGGACAUAAAAGGUACAUGACUGGAGGCGGAGAGGGUCUCUGCGGUUGUACGUUCCUCAGAGAUGGUAGUGGAAGGAGUGGAUCUAAAGGAUACAUGACUGGAGGUGGAGAUGGCCUCUGUGGUUGUAGGUUCCUCAGAGGUGGCACUGGAAUGAGUGGACAUAAAAGGUACAUGACUGGAGGCGGAGAUGGCUUCUGUGGUUGUAGGUUCCUCAGAGAUGGUAGUGGAAGGAGUGGAUCUAAAGGAUACAUGACUGGAGGGGGAGAUGGCUUCUGUGGUUGUAGGUUCCUCAGAGAUGGUAGUGGAAGGAGUGGAUCUAAAGGAUACAUGACUGGAGGUGGAGAUGGCUUCUGUGGUUGUAGGUUCCUCAGAGAUGGUAGUGGAAGGAGUGGAUCUAAAGGAUACAUGACUGGAGGUGGAGAUGGCUUCUGUGGUUGUAGGUUCCUCAGAGAUGGUAGUGGAAGGAGUGGAUCUAAAGGAUACAUGACUGGAGGUGGAGAUGGCUUCUGUGGUUGUAGGUUCCUCAGAGGUGGCACUGGAAUGAGUGGACAUCAAAGGUACAUGACUGGAGGCGGAGAAGGUCUCUGUGGUUGUAGGUUCCUCAGAGAUGGUAGUGGAAGGAGUGGAUCUAAAGGAUACAUGACUGGAGGUGGAGAUGGCCUCUGUGGUUGUAGGUUCCUCAGAGGUGGCACUGGAAUGAGUGGACAUCAAAGGUACAUGACUGGAGGCGGAGAGGGUCUCUGUGGUUGUAGGUUCCUCAGAGAUGGUAGUGGAAGGAGUGGAUUUAAAGGAUACAUGACUGGAAGUGGAGAUGGCUUCUGUGGUUGUAGGUUCCUCAGAGGUGGCACUGGAAUGAGUGGACAUAAAAGGUACAUGACUGGAGGCGGAGAUGGCUUCUGUGGUUGUAGGUUCCUCAGAGAUGGUAGUGGAAGGAGUGGAUCUAAAGGAUACAUGACUGGAGGGGGAGAUGGCUUCUGUGGUUGUAGGUUCCUCAGAGGUGGCACUGGAAUGAGUGGACAUAAAAGGUACAUGACUGGAGGCGGAGAGAGUCUCUGUGGUUGUAGGUUUCUCAGAGAUGGUAGUGGAAGGAGUGGAUCUAAAGGAUACAUGACUGGAGGUGGAGAUGGCUUCUGUGGUUGUAGGUUCCUCAGAGGUGGCACUGGAAUGAGUGGACAUCAAAGGUACAUGACUGGAGGCGGAGAGGGUCUCUGUGGUUGUAGGUUCCUCAGAGAUGGUAGUGGAAGGAGUGGAUUUAAAGGAUACAUGACUGGAAGUGGAGAUGGCUUCUGUGGUUGUAGGUUCCUCAGAGGUGGCACUGGAAUGAGUGGACAUAAAAGGUACAUGACUGGAGGCGGAGAUGGCUUCUGUGGUUGUAGGUUCCUCAGAGAUGGUAGUGGAAGGAGUGGAUCUAAAGGAUACAUGACUGGAAUUGGAGAUGGCUUCUGUGGUUGUAGGCUCUUCAGGGAAGGAGUGGAUCUAAAGGAUACAUGA